AUGUCACAGUCGUGGAGGAGUCGGCGAAAAGCGCAGGAGCAAGAGCAAGCAGGGCCCGAGAGUGAGGAGAUCGUAGUCGAGAAUGAUCGCUCGCAGGUGCAGGUACAGGAGGGAAGCUCUGACGAGGACGACGAUAUGCCAACGACUCAGGGAACACAGCGACGAAGGAAAAGAGCCGCGCGCCGGAAUAGCUUUGUGAGUGUCUCGCCGCCGCCGAUAAGCGACAGCGACGAUGUGGUCAUAAUGUCUACAAAGAAGAGAAAGCGGGCGAAGCGUGGGAAGGAGGACAGCGAGGACGACGAGGAGGAGCAAGAGCAGCCAGACACUCCAGCUACACGGAAAUUGAAGCGACCUCGAAACAUGACUAAGGAAGAGCAAGAAGAUCUCGCAGAUGACCUGGACUUCUUAAAGCCAAGCGACGACGAGGAGGAUGCAGCAGAACGAACACCCAGAAACACGCAGUCGACGAAGAAGAAUGCCAGAAUGGAUGCACUGGAGAAGCUGAAGCGCAAACGAGCUGGUCAGGAGGUGGCGGACAAACAGGACAACAUCGUGGAUCUGCUCAGCGACAGUGAGAAGUUCAACUCCGAUGAAGAUGAUGGUCUCCUCGACGAAGACGAAGCUCCGGCGUACACAAGCAGCCGAGCGUUUUUCCAAGAAAAUGAAGAAGACGCCGACUUCGUUGAAGAAGCUGAUGAAGAGGAGACGCUCGGCGUGCCGGCCGGCAUUCCCCUCGAAUUCACCCGAUACGCCUCCAUGAAGACGAAAGAGCUGUUCAAGUACGCCGUGGAAUGGAUGGUCCAAAGAAAGAUCAAUCCGGGCUUCAAGAUGAACGACCCGAUCUACAACCUCACCUUCAAGAAGCUCGACGAUGAAGUCACCGGUCUAGCGAGCUCCAAGUUCAAGUCGUCUGUAUGGAGAAAGGAGUUUACCAUUGCGCUGGAGUCUCGGCCGGAGAUCUUGUUUAACCGCCUCGAUCAGUCCGGCGACAACUGGUUGCGCGACAAAUGCGAUGCCUGCGGCCGCACCAACCACCCAUGCAAGUACGAAGUCCAGUUCCAUGGCAAACCGUACAACCGCCAUACCCUCGAGGACGUCGACGCCGAUGAUGACGACGACGACGAAGAAGACUCUGACGACUCCGACGACGAAGGCAGCACCAACUCGUCCUCUCAAGAGACCAUCAACCAAAACGGUCAGAGCGUCGUGCCUACCUCACACAUCUUCUACCUCGGCAAAUUCUGCAUGUCCAACGCUGAGACCGCGCACAAACUCAACCACUGGCGGUACCACCUGAACGAAUGGGUGGAGAACUUCCUCGCGCGGGAGAACUAUCUCACGCCGGAGGAGAUUGUGCGGAGGGAUGGACUGAAAACGAAGAAGAGAGGCAAGGAGGCGAACCGCAUUGUGGAUCGCAUGGAGAGGGACGGGCGAGUGAAGGAGUUGUGGCAGGAGUACAAGAGUGCGAUGGAGGUGGCGCGGUCGGCGAAGAUGGGGCGGUAUGGAGGGGACAGUCCGUAG